AACGACAACAAGGCCGCCCAUAAGUACAACGUGCAUACGUUCCCAACUCUGGCAUAUUUCCGGAAACAGUCGCCUAUACUAUACGACGGCGACCUUCUGGACGAGGAAAAGGUACUCAAAUGGCUGACCAGUAAUGAUGUCUUCGAGAUUAAGGACGAGAUCGAAGAAGUGAAUCGCAAAAUGUUGGACAAACUGCUCAACGAUAAUGAUUUUGUGGCCGUAUAUUUUUGUAAGCAGGCUUUGGCAUUGCCUACCUACGAGAAGGACUGUUACGACUGCGAGGAAGUGCUGCGAGAGUUGGAGCACAUCGACGACGAGUGCGACGAAUUGGACAUUAUGUUUGUGAAGAUACGGGACAGUCGUUACGCCCGGAAGUACGGCAUCGGCGAAGUGCCCGCACUCGUCAUGUUUAGGAAAAAGUUCCCGGCUAUUUAUCGAGGUGAUCUGAUGAAGGAGGAGGACGUGUUGGAGUGGUUACGUAAGAACAGGUAUCGGCACCCAGAGCUCAAUCUGUUCAUGUAUGCCUUGGCAUCGAUUACCGUGCACCAAAAAGCCAUCACCACCACCAUCAUCGACCCCAACCCCACCAUCACCAACACCAAAAACACCACCACCUAUACCAACAACAACAACAACAACACCAUCACCAAAACCAAAAUCAUCAGCAUCAUCAAAAUCAAAAGCAAAAUCACCAACACCACCACAACCACCACCUAA